AUGGCUCUAUAAUUAAUUUAAAAUUUGUUUCAUUGUUUGUGCAGAAGAGAAUGAAAAUUGCAAAACUAGGGUGUGAGGCUUCUGCGUUUUCUAAUUAUUACAUCAGAAGCAACCCUUAUUCAGCCAGAGGGUUAACUGACUUAGCUCAGUUAAUUCCAGCUCACCCUCUUCCCUUUCUCUGAUCUUGAGGAGAGUCAAGAAAUGAGAAGAAACUGUGACACCGUAUGCUGCUUUUGCAAACAGACAUUAACAAUAUUAUUCCCUCCUUUUUUGGUGUGGCUUGUGUCAUUUUCUAAAUUUGACGUGUAUUCAACUUGUCUUAAAUCCCACACAAUAUGACCUGGGGGAGGAUGCAAGGAAGAUGAAGAACUGUGAUGAUCCACUUCUUCUUAAUGAAUGACUGACUUACCUGAGAAAGAAACUCAGAGGAAGAGGAAAGAAAGAAGAGGAGGGAAUGGCUCUUUCUCAGGGACUGUUUACAUUCAAGGAUGUGGCCAUAGAAUUCUCUCAAGAGGAGUGGGAGUGCCUGGACCCUGCCCAGAGGGCCUUGUACAGGGACGUGAUGUUGGAGAACUACAGGAACCUGCUUUCUCUCGAUGAGGAUAACAUCCCUCCAGAAAACGAUAUUUCUGUUGGAUUUACAAGCAAGGGAUUAUCACCAAAGGAAAAUAAUAAAGAGGAAUUAUACCAUCUGGUGAUAUCAGAAAGAAAGGAAAGCCAUGGCAUCAACAAUUUUGACCUCAAGGAAGUCUGGGAAAAUAUGCCUAAGUUUGACAGCCUGUGGGACUAUGAUGCAAAAAAUUACAAAGGAAUGCCUUUGACCUGUAACAAAAAUCUCACUCACAGAAAAGAUCAACAACAUAAUAAAUCCUCAAUAUAUUUCUCUUUAAAGCAGAGUGUUUCUAUAAGAGAUAGUGCACACCAGUAUUUCAUCCAUGACAAGCCAUUUAUAAGGAAUUUGUUAAAACUGAAAAAUAACAUAAGAUAUGCCGGAAACAAAUACGUGAAGUGUUUUGAAAAUAAAAUUGGAUUAAGCUUACAGGCACAGCUGGCUGAACUACAGAGAUUUCAAACUGGGGAGAAAAUGUAUGAAUGUAAUCCAGUUGAGAAGUCUAUCAAUAGUUCCUCAGUUUCACCACUUCCUCCUUGUGUCAAAAACAUUUGUAAUAAAUAUAGGAAGAUUUUGAAAUACCCUUUGUUACAUACACAGUAUGGGAGAACACACAUUAGGGAAAAAUCAUACAAAUGUAAUGACUGUGGAAAGGCUUUUAGCAAAAGUUCGAACCUCACUAAUCAUCAGAGAAUUCACUCUGGACAGAGACCUUACAAAUGUAACGAGUGUGGCAAAGCCUUUAACCAGUGUUCGAACCUCACUAGGCAUCAGAGAGUCCAUACAGGAGAGAAACCAUAUCAAUGUAAUAUAUGUGGCAAGGUCUGUAGUCAAAAUUCAAAUCUUGCAAGUCAUCAGAGGAUGCAUACUGGAGAGAAACCUUACAAAUGUAAUGAAUGUGGUAAGGCAUUUAUCCAGCGUUCACACCUUUGGGGUCAUGAAAGAAUUCAUACUGGAGAGAAACCUUACAAAUGUAAUGAAUGUGGCAAAGCCUUUGCUGAGCGUUCAAGCCUUAUCCAACAUAAGAGAAUCCAUACUGGAGAGAAGCCUUACAUAUGUAAUGAGUGUGGCAAAGCUUUUAAGCAGUGCUCACAUCUCACUAGGCAUCAGAAUAUACAUCCUGGAGAGAAACCACACAAAUGUAAUGUGUGUGGCAGGGCUUUUAUCCAAAGUUCAAGUCUUGUGGAACAUCAGAGAAUUCACACUGGAGAAAAACCUUACAAAUGUAAUAAAUGUGAUAAAGCUUUUAUCAAACGUUCACACCUUUGGGGUCAUCAGAGAACUCAUACUGGAGAGAAACCUUACAAAUGUACUGAAUGUGGCAAAGCCUUUACUGAACGUUCAAAUCUUACUCAGCAUAAGAAAAUCCAUACUGGAGAGAAACCUUACAAAUGUACUGAAUGUGGCAAAGCUUUUACCCAAUUUGCAAACCUCACUAGACAUCAGAAAAUACACAUUGAAAAGAAACAUUGUAAACAUAAUAUACAUGGUAAUGCUUUAUUCCAAAGUUCAAACCUUGGAGAUCAUCAAAAAAGUUAUAAUAGAGAAAAACAUAUCAAAUAUAAUGAGACAAAAAUUAAGUAUUCAAGCUGUACUUAGCAUCAGGGGCUCCACUGUGAAAAGAAACCAUAUAAAACGAAAAUAUGGUAAAGCCUUUAGCUAUGGCUUAUGUCUCACUUGAUACCAGGAUAUACAUCUUUGAGAUAAACCACACAAAGAUAACAUGUAUGGCAAGGCUUAUCCAAAGUUCAAGCCUUGUGGAACAUCAUAGAAUUCUUACUGUAGAGAAGCCUUACAAAUAUAAUGAAUGUGAACAGCUUUAUAAAAAUAUUUACCCUAUUAUGGUUAUAACAGAAGACAUUCAGGAUGGAAACCAUACAAAUGUGGCAAGUCCUUUAAGCAAUGUUCUGACUUCAGGAUACACCAUUCAUGUUAGAGAGAAGCAUUACAAGUGAAGGUGGUAAAUUAUUUUAAAUUUCUCAGUGGAAAUUCAUCCUUAUAUGCAAGCAUUUUGUCAUACAAAAAUUCAGGCUAGAGGGAACUAAGUCUUUAUUCCUUCUUGAAGAUUAAGUGAUUGAUGUUAAAUUCACAGACAAUUUUAAAAAGUCACAAACUCAUGGUGUGUGUCAGAGGAGCAAGGACAUCUGUGGAAAGAUGUAACUUCAGUGUUAAAAAUUUUUUAUUCAGUUAUUUCAUAUUUUUAAAAGUAUGAAAUCUGUUGAUGUUAAAUCUUCAUGGCAUGCUUUUCAUUUAUCAUGAUUGUCUCAAGGAAUGGAUGUAAGAUGGAAGGGACUACUUCCUUAGGUGUGGCUUCUUUAUAUUACUGAAGCCUGGAAAAAGCAAGAACACUAAUUUUUUCUUUUUUUGGAGACAGAGUCUUGCUGUGUCGCCCAGGCUGGAGUGCAGUGGCACGAUCUCAGCUCACUGCAACCUCUGUCUCCCGGGUUCAAGCAAUUCUCCUGCCUCAGCCUCACGAGUAGCUGGGAUUACAGGCAUGCUCCAUAAUGCCUGGCUAGUUUUUUUUUUUUUCUUUUUUUUUUUUUUUUUUGUAUUUUUAGUAGAGACAGAGUUUCGCCAUGUUGGCCAGGCUGAUCUUGAACUCCUGACCUCAGGUGAUCCACCUGCCUUGGCCUUCCAAAGUGCUGGGAUUACAGGCGUGAGCCACCGUGCCCAGCCAAGAACACUAAUAUACAAUAUACUAUAAGAGCAUGGGGGUUUGUGCCAGAAGAGAGGUAAAAACUAUUGUCUAACGUAUAUGCUUUAUGUGGUCAGGACCCCUUAGAAUUGUUGAUGUGACUGGGGACCUUUGUCGAUUAUAGGAGAGAUUGGUUACAGUACAAGAUGACCAUGAAACAAGAAGAGUAGGGUGGGACAUUGAGAGAUUUUCAUGGAAGUAAAAUGGUCGGUUACUAGAGACUGCAUAUGUGGUAGAAAGAAAUGGAGGGGGAAUGAUAGUCACCCUCUCUUGAAAGGUAGUUACUGUUGGAUAUCACAGAUUAUUGAACAUAGGCCUUAUUUUUGGAAACUGAAGAGAGAAUGGUUACCAUAGAGGACAGUUCCAUCAAAAGAACCAGAGUAGUGUUCUUAUAGGGGAUUCACAUUUGGCCCCUGAGAUUGCAUUUGAUACCAUUUUAUUUAGAGUAUAUUAUACUUCUUAUGUCUUAAUUAGUAAAAUAUAAUCAUUUUUAGUAACCGUGAAUGAAUCAUGUGCCUUCCGUCAACCCAAGCAUAUCCCACCUCAUUGGGACACUUAAUAUCAAACACUAUAAUACAUCAUUAGACUCUCAAGGUUGAAUGUCAUCUGUAACAAUUUCUAUCCAUGUUAUGUUCAAACAGCAUACAAUUUAAGAAAUAUAUAUUCAUAAUUUGCACUUGAAAUAUUUUCUCCACACUCUGCCCUAGAUGACUUCUACGGCUAUAAUGAAAAUGCCAUGCCAUAGUGGGACAAUAUCAGACCCCCUGAAACCUGUCUUCCUGUUCAUGAAUAUGCACUGUGCAGUUAUAUUUCUACAUGCCUUUUUUUCUACAUAACUUUAUUUCUGCAUGCCUUUUACAUAAGAGGAAAAUAACAAAUGUAAGCAUAUGAAAAUUAUUAGUAAAUGAAAUUUCUGAAAUAAUAACACAACUUCUUUUUUUGUACUUGGAGCACUCCGCGAAAUAAUUUGAAAAAAAUCAGUGUUCAUGAGUUUCCUCUUAAUAAUGAACAUAGGCAAUGGAUUUUUUUUUUUUAAAGAAACUAGAAACCUCAUGUAUUUACCCCCAAAACAUUUUUUUUUUUUACUGAUUUGCACUUGUCGCCACUCCACUGGAACAGGAGGGAACCCCGUGCAAAGUUUUGGUUUAGAUUUCAGGAUUGGUGGUACUCUACAUCAAAGUAUUAUAAGAAUGUUUAUAUUACAAAAGGCUUUCUGGAGAGAACAGGGUAGACUUCCCAAGCUGGUUCAAAAAUGGCUAGAGAAGGCAGUGAAAGAUGAUUGACUUGGGGUGUUAUGAUGUUUAUCUGGUGGGGCUGGAGUGAAUACUCAUCUGCGGUUUAAAUUUUCAGCUAGCCAGCUGGGCAGGGAGACUGACAUCUGUAAUGUCAGCACUUUGAGAGGCCCAGGCGAGGAGAUUGCUUGAGCCCAGGAGUUUGAGACUAGCAUAGGCAAUAUGUCAAGACCCUGUCUGCAAAUUUAGAAGUUAGUUGGGCAUGGUGGCACAUUUCUAUAGUCCCAGCUACUCAGGAGGCUGAAGCAGAAUUCCUUGAGCUCAGGAGUUGGAGGUUACAGUGAACUAGGAUCAUGCCACUGCACUCCAGCCUAGGUGACAGAGCAAGGCCCUGUCCAAAAAAAAAUCAAUUUCUAGGCCAGGCACAGUGGCUCAUGUCUGUAAUUCUAACACUUUGGAAGGCCAAGAUGGGCGGAUCGCUUAAGCCCAGGAAUUCGAGACUAGCCUGGGCAAACUGUCAUUAUAAAAAAUACCACCCACCCAAAAUUAACAUUUGUUAGUACCUCAUAACUUUUUUUUUUUUUUUUUGAGACAGAGUCUAACUCUGGGCCCUAGUCUGGAGUGCAGUGGCGCAAUCUCAGCUCACUGCAACCUCCAUCUAGCAGGCUCAAGCAAUUCUCUUGCCUCAGCCUCUUGAGUAGCUGGGACUACAGGCAUGCACCACCAUGCCCACCUAAUUUUUGUAUUUUUAAUAGACACAAGGUUUCACCAUAUUGGCCAGGCUGAUCUCGAACUCCUGACCUCAAGUGAUCUGCCUGCCUAGGCCUCCCAAAGUGCUGGGAUUACAGGUGUGAGCCACCAUACCCAGCCUAGUACCUCAUCACUUUUUGUUGCUGAAUAAUAUUCUACAGUUUGUCUGUCCAUUCAUUAUUUGAUGGAGAUUUGAACUCUUUCUACUGUUUGAAAUUAGGCUAUUAUGGGCCGGGUGCAGUGGCUGAUGCCUGUAAUCCCAGCACUUUGGGAGACCGAGACGGGCAGAUCACGAGGUCAGGAGAUUGAGGCCAUCCUGGAUAACACGGUAAAACCCCAUCUCUACUAAAAAUACAAAAAAUUAGCUGGCUUGGUGGCGGGCACCUGUAGUCUCAGCUACUCGGAAGGCUGAGGCAGGAGAAUGGCAUGAACCCGGGAGGCGGAGCAUGCAGUGAGCCCAGAUCACGCCACUGCACUCCAGCCUGGGCGACAGAGCGAGACUCUGUCUCAAAAAAAAAAAGAAAUUAGGCUAUUAUGGAAAAUGCUGCUAUGAACAACUUUUUACAAGAUGUUUUUGCACAUACAUGUUUUCACUUCUCUUGGGUAUGUCUGUAAACAUGGAAUUUCUGGGUCAUAUAGUAAUUAUCAGUGAUUAUCUUUUUGUGGAUUUGCCAAACUGUUUUCAAAGGCAGCUGCACCAUUUUACUUUUCUACCAGCAAUGUUCCGGUGUUCCAUUUCCUGCACUUCCUAUCGAUUAUUGAUAUUUGUAGUUGUUGGGUUAGCAGUAGUAGUGGUAUAUAGCCUUCUCGUCACUUACAAGUGAUAUUUCAUUGUGGUUGGAUUUCCUUAAUGAUGAACGUUGAGCAUGUGUUCAUAUGCUUAUUAGCCAUGUGCAUCUUCAUUGGAGAAAUGUCUACUCAAACAUUUCUUUUAAUGUUUUAAAAAUUAGAUUGUGUAUUUUUGGUUCAGUUGUAAGAGUUAUUUUAUAUUCUGAAUACUUCACCCUUAUGAGAUUUGCCAAUACUUUUUCCACUUCUGUGUACUGUUUUUCCACUUUCUUGAUAGCAUUCUUGAUUUCGGCAAAGUUGGCAAUGUUUUAUGGCUCAUACCUGUAGUCUCAGCACUUUGGGAGGCUCAGGAGAGAGGACCACCUGUGUCCAGGAGUUCGAGGCUGGCCUGGGCAACAUAGUGAGACCACAUCUCUACAAAAAAUAAAAAAUUAGCUGGGUGUCAUGGCAUGCACCUGUAGUCCCAGCUACUCGGGAGGUUGAGGUGAAAGGAUUGCUUGAGACAGGGAGGUUGAGGCUGCAGUGAGCCAUGACUGACACUGCACUCAGCCUGAGUGACAGAGUGAGACUCAGGACCAAUACAGUAAUACAGAUUGUGAUGAAUAAACUUUGAAAACAUGGAAUUAGCUUUAUUCUGAAUGAUUGUAUUAGUCUGUGUUUAGGAAAACGUAUGCAAUUAUUUCAAGAGUAAGAAUAGUUAUAUUAGUUAAGAAUUUUUGCUGGGUGCGGUGGCUCAUGCCUGUAAUCCCAGCACUUUGGGAGGCUGAGGUGGGUGGAUCACGAGGUCAGGAGAUCGAGACCAUCCUGGCUAACACGGUGAAACCCCGUCUCUACUAAAAAUACAAAAAAUUAUCGGGGCGUGGUAGUAGGGGGCCUGUAGUCCCAGCUACUCAGGAGGCCGAGGCAGGAGAAUGGCGUGAACCCAGGAGGCGGAGCUUGC